UGUUAGGGAGAAGUAGUCAGGGAGUUGCAAACACUAGCAGCGUAAACACAGCGAAAGCGGAGUGUUUGUGUACUGCAGUUGUAGGAAUCCUGCCUGCUCUGCUGGUCCAGUUUGCUGGGAUACUCUGUGAUCGCUCUGUGAUCCCUUUACUCCCCAGUUGUAGGAAUCUUGCUGGGAUAAUCCCUUUACUCUGGGCCUUCAGACAGCACCAACACCCUACUCUGCUAGCUGGGCUAGGCUAGCUAGCACCUUUGGCUUUGGACCUGUUUUUGUUUGUUUUUGUCGCAACAUGAACGGAAACGAAGGUGCUGAAGGGCCGUCCUGUAUCUGUCCCGUCCCCUGGUGAAGGCUCAGGCAUUACGAUAAUAACAAGGAGAAAGAAAACACAGCAUGCUGGACGUGGGAAAGUGGCCUGUGUUUGCCCUGCUGUCCCCUGAGGAGCUCCGGCUCGUUCGGCAGGCCUGUGUGUUUGGCACUGCUGCUAACGAAGCACUCUACGUUACUGUCACUGAUGAGGUGUUUGCUCUGGGAACAAACUGCACGGGUUGCUUGGGACUGGGGGACAUGCAGAGCACCAUUGAGUCCAGGCGGAUAGACAUUCUUUGUGGGAAAAAGAUUGUGUCUCUGAGCUGUGGCACUGGACCACAUGUGGUCAUUGCAACUGCAGACGGUGAGGUGUACGCCUGGGGCCACAACGGUUAUAGCCAGCUGGGGAAUGGCACCACCAACCAUGGGCUCACUCCUGCCUUGGUCUCCACCAACCUAAUUAACAAGAGGGUGACUGAGGUUGCCUGUGGUUCCCACCACACCAUCGCGCUCACCAGCGAGGGAGAGGUGUUCGCGUGGGGCUACAAUAACUCGGGACAGGUGGGCUCCGGGUCCACGGCCAACCAGCCCACCCCUCGCAGGGUCAGCAGUUGUCUGCAGAACAAGGUGGUGGUGAACAUUGCCUGUGGCCAGCUCUGCUCCAUGGCAGUCCUGGACAACGGAGAGACGUACGGAUGGGGUUAUAACUGUAACGGGCAGCUGGGUUUGGGCAAUAACAGUAACCAACAGACACCCUGCCGGAUCGCAGCAUUGCAAGGAGUCAACAUAGUACAGGUGGUCUGUGGCUAUGCCCACACCUUGGCACUGACGGAUGAGGGCUUUGUUUACGCAUGGGGGGCAAACUCUUAUGGGCAACUGGGCACAGGAAGCAAGUGCAACCAGGCAUUACCCACACUCCUCAGCGUGGACAGAGAACGGUGCAUGUUGACGCGUGUUUGUGCCUUCAGGAUGGUGGAGGUGGCUGCAUGUCACACCAGCCACACGUCGGCUGCUAAGUCCCAGAGUGGACAGGUGCUGAUGUGGGGUCACUGUCGUGGGCAGGCCGUGACCCUCCCACACGUCACACACUUCUCCAGCACCGAUGACGUGUUUGCGUGCUUUGCCACUCCUGCCGUCACCUGGAGGCUCCUCACUGUGGAUGGAGAUGACUAUCUGACUGUGGCCCAGUCCCUCAAAAGAGAGUUUGACAGCCCAGAAAUCUCAGACCUAAAGUUCCUGGUGGACGGAAAGUGUAUCUAUGUUCACAAAGCUCUGCUUAAAAUCAGGUGCGAGCAUUUCCGAGCUCUAUUAAACGAGACUGAUGAGACAGCUAUAGAGGUCAGUCAGUUCUCGUACCUGGUGUACCGGGCGUUUCUGGAGUACCUCUACACCGACACCAUCAGCCUGCACCCCGAGGAUGCCGUCGGGCUUCUGGAUCUUGCUACUUACUACAGAGAGACACGUCUGAAGAGGCUGUGCCAAGAAACCAUUAAAAGGGGCAUUUCAGAAGACAAUGCAAUCACACUGCUGUCUGCUGCUGUCAAGUAUGAGGCACGGGACCUGGAAGAGUUCUGCUUCAAAUUCUGUGUCAACCACCUGACUGCUGUCACACAAACCCAGGCCUUUGCUGACAUGGACCACGACCUGUUGAAGAAUUUCAUUAGCAAAGCCAGUCGGUAUGGGGCCUUCAAAAACUAACCGGAGCAGGACGGAUUUCACGGGAAGCUGGAGAAGAACCCCGGACCGUGUUUGCCCAUUCUUCUCACAAAGGUGAGACUCACGGAAAACCCCUGCACGGGUCGCUGUGCACUGUGCUGUGAGGCUGCGCGUCCAGGAUGACACCAGGACCACUUAUGUAAGCCUCUGCUGGAAGUCCAUUAAUCACUCGUAAAGGACUUGGACCUGGGCUUAGAAUCUGGGACUUAUGGACCUAACAGUGUCUGAUCUGCAACAGAUCUCUUUGCAGACGCUUUAGGAGUGACACGUUUCUUUUAGUGCAGAGGAGUAGAUCUUCACACAUCGCUACUGACAACACAGCAGAAAAGAUGUCACUACACAUCCAACCACAUGCUUCCAGCAACACUAGACAAACGUAACAAAAACACACCGCUGAGCGUACAGAUGAGCUCCAAUAGCAAGCUCUCACCGCAGUUGACUUCAGCACACACUUUUAUGUUUCUGGAUCACCUUUUAAAUAACAGACGUUCAAUAACAAUGGGAAAAAUAACUUUUUCUAUAUGUUGGGGUUUCUUUCAGAUUCAUUAUCUGAUUUUUGUUUAGUCAUUGCUUCUGAUCUGCUGGUUUUCAGGGGUGACUAAGUGUUUAAUAUCUUCCUCUUGUACUAGCGUUUCCAUCACAUUCAUGGUGUGAAAAGUAGAAAAAAGCAUUUAACUAGAAACUGCUGCACGGUCAACCGUUUACUACUGGAGAGUUCAUGUAAAGAUUUACUCAACAAUAAAAGACACUUCUGUUAUGUUGGUGUUUUUACUUUUGCAUAGUUUAUAUUUGCAUAUCUGCUGCUAUUGUCCAUGCUGCUCUCAUACCAUGAUGCUGAAAGAAACAUGUUCUACUUUGUUUGGCACAGUUUGUUGGUGUAUAAUGCCAGGAAAGGUCAACAUUUAAGCCUAUUGUCUUAUUGUAAUGUUUUACAUCAGAGUUGGAUAUGGUUCUGUGAAGUGUUUACACAGAAUGGUAAUGAGAAUUAAGCCUCUGUGUAAGAAACUGAUCGCUUUUCUCCCCACUCUAUACACUAGAUUUCAGGAAGACAGUUUUCAUAGUCUUUUGAAUAUUUAUGUCUGCCUAUUAAUGCCAAGACUGCAAUAAAACGAUUUACUAAUGUUUUUAAACCUGCAUCCUGAAACUCACUCUGUGAGCCUGACUGAACUUAGCCGUUUAACUGUGGAGUUCCUUCAUGUUGGAAGUUACUAGGUGUGUGUUUGGCCUGGUCUGCCUUGUCUUGUUUACAGUUCACUUUUGGGGAGAGUGUGCUUGUAUAAUUUCCUUCAGCUGGGAACGUUACGACAAGUUGACGGCAGCGAGAUCCUCCACUCCAUUUCUACCUGAACUUCUCCUGAGAUUCAGUUGUUCUGAGGGCAAAAAGAUGUUUGUUGUUCUCCAUGUUAAAACAAAGGUUAUUGUUAAAAUAAAGGUUGUUUUUUUUUUGGCUGUCGUGGUCACUGUUAGUUUUUGUUUGCUAUCUUGUACUUCAUAUAAAUGGUAUUAAAAAUUUCACAAAACCUUUA